UGGAGGCAGGCAAGUGGAUGGGCAUGGACAAGCCGGCGGCCUGGGAGCCGCAGAGCGUGGACUCGCUGCGCCGCUUCCUGGGGCUGCUGCUCGACCGCCGCGGCCGCCUGCACGGCCAGGUGCUGCGCCUGCGCGAGGUGGCCCGGCGCCUCGAGCGCCUCCGCCGGCGCUCCCUAGCGGCCAACGUGGCGGGCAGCUCGCUGAGAGCCGCGGGCGCCGUCACCGCCAUCGUGGGCCUCUCGCUCAGCCCCGUCACCCUGGGCGCCUCGCUUCUGGCGUCGGCCGUGGGGUUGGGGGUGGCCACCGCCGGAGGGGCCGUCACCAUCACUUCCGACCUCUCGCUCGUCUUCUGCAACUCCCGGGAGCUGCGCAGGGUGCAGGAGAUCGCGGCCAGCUGCCAGGACCAGAUGCGCGAGCUCCUGAGCUGCCUGGAGUUCUUCUGCCGCUGGCAGGGCCGUGGGGACAGCCAGCUGCUGCAGUGUGGGAGGAACGCCUCCAUAGCGCUGUACAACUCAGUCUAUUUCAUCGUCUUCUUCGGCUCCCGUGGCUUCCUCAUCCCCCGGCGGGCCGAGGGGGCCACCAGAGUUAGCCAGGCCGUGCUGAAGGCCAAGAUUCAGAAACUGGCCGAGAGCCUGGAGUCCUGCACCGGGGCUCUGGACGAGCUCAGCGAGCAGCUGGAGUCCAGGGUACAGCUCCGCACAAAGGCCAGCCGUGGCCACGACCUCAAGAUCCCUGCUGACCAGCCUGCAAGACUGUUUUUCUGA